AAUUUCUUUAUGUUUUUUAACAAUUCAUUUUCAACUUUUGUUUAAAAAUUUUACUCAUAUUUUGCUCCAAAAAAUUUGUUUCUCAAUGCCACCAAAAAAAUCUAAAAUUAUAAAUGAAAAAGUUACUACACAAAAGCUGUAUAAAUUCUUAACAUGGGAGGAAGUGGAGGCCAAGGAACAUAAGUAUGCAAAUCAUAUAGAAAAUUUAAAACAUUGUUUAAACUACGUAAAAGCAUCCUCUGCCUUAGUUGAACAAAUUAAUAACCAACAAUUGAUCUCCAAAAAAUGGCAAGAUUAUGUGAAUUGUUGUCCUUUACCUAAAGCCUAUAUACCUCCUGAAAUACGUUUAUGUAUGGAAAAAUUGAAAUAUUUUGAAAAUAUCUCCCAAGAAAAAACUAUAGAUUGGCUAUUAUCGAUUGAUGAACGUAGUAUUUUGACACAAAAUCACAUGCGUACAAAUUUAACACAUACUGCUUUAAAAGAGAGAAAUCAAUUGAAUUUUGCAGAGGAAUAUAAUAGAAAUAUAGAAAUUUGUCUUGAAAUUUUAAAAAGCAUAGAGGAUUUUUUGCAUAAUAAAACUGAAGUAGCUAAAUGUGAUAUGAAUAAAUUGGAAGAUAUAAAGCAGUUAAGAAGUAAUUUACAACAAGAAAUUGGUGAGUUUUUAAAUCGUUUCACCUUUCGGAUACUGUGCUCAGAAGAAGCCUAUAUGAGUUCAAUAGACCCUAUUACAUCAGAAUAUAUUUUUAAGGCAGACAACUUUCAAAUGCAUAUUUGGUCAUUGAAAAAUGUACCUAUAAGUUUUAAACAACUUGAAGUUCCUCGUUUAAUUGCGAAAUUACAUGGAGUACUAUUAACACUUCAUAUACCCACAAACAUAAUGCAAGAAAAUUUUACUAUACGGGCACUACAUCUGAAUUUUGAUGUCAUAAGUGAAAAUGCUAAUAGUUUUUUUCAAAACAUCGCUACAACUUUAAAUACUGAUAAUGUCGUUAUUCAGGAUUUAACUGAUUGUAUGGCUACUGAGUGGCUAAUGCAAUUAGAAAUGCAAAAUCGAGUCCGGAAUUAUUUAAUAGAAAAACGUCAAAAUUGUGAAGAAAAACUAAGACUUUAUGAAGAACAGGAAGAGAAAAAGAAUAAAACUAAAACUAAAGAUAAAGAUGGAAAGAAAAAAGGAGGGUCUAAAAGUAAAAAAACGAAGUUAACAAAACCUUCUUAUGAACCUCCAAAUAUAGAAGAGGAUAUGUUUCCUGAUAUAAGGGAAGAAUUUUUACUAGAAGAACAAAAACACUAUGAAGAUUUUAUUAAUAGGUUAUAUAAUCCCAAGUCCUUGGAUUUAAGUACUGAUGAGAUAAAUUUAAGAAAAUAUUUCAUUUUGGGUGGCAUAUAUCAACUAUAUCGAGUAUAUAAGCCUCAACAUAAUGAUUUCAGUAGUUUUAAUAUGACUUGGCAUUAUAAUAACUCAAACCUAAUUAUAGAUGAAAAUGUUUAUAUAUCCUUAAACUCAAAACCAUACCAAAGAUCCUCUAAAGUUUUCAAAAGUUUAGCAGGAAGAAAUCUCUCUUUGAAAAUAGAAGAGUUUAAAGACUCCGAUCCUCAAUGUCCCUGGUUCAUUUUAAGCAUACAAUUGCCGGAACAGCUUUGCUACUGGGGUGAACCUAUAGUGUGUCAAUAUGAAACAGUCACAAAAAACAAGCCCACUACUUUUAUACCAAAAGUAACAAAUAAAUCUUCUGUCAUACUAAUGCCAACUGAACAAACUUUGGAUUUGGCUAGUAGUACCAUGGACAAAUAUUUAUCCUUUUUAACACCCCAAAAGGAGGGCCUAACCAAUUCUAUAUUGAAGUUAAGGCAACUUUCGCAGGAAAGCUUUUUUAGAACCUCACUUUCGAAUGUGCGCUUAACUGGUAAAAAUGGUUGCAGUCAAACUUAUUCUCGUGAUGAGAACGGCAUUUUAAAUAUUGAGGAUUUUCCCAUUAACUGUCAGCUAAAUAAAGCCCAAAUAAGGCAUAUACAAAGACAUGUAAUACCAAGAAUUAUAUCAUCAUUUAAAUUUCCCAAAGAAAUACAAGAAGAUGAAUUAAAAGCCAUUCAGCAGAAAUUUAAAUCUAAAGCAGGACCUUUAAAGCGAAAACAUACAUAUUCAAGCAAGGAAACCAGCAAGGAAAAUCAGCAUAUAUUUACAUAUGGCAAAAUGCAAAACAAUCCAGAAAGAAUAAUUGCUCUCUUUCCACCAGUUGAACCCAUACGCAUACUACAACAUGAUAUUAACAAAGAAAAAGCAACUGAUGAUACACUUAAAGAACCUAUAACCUUUGCCCACUUGGUACAACUAAUUAAUUUUAUUAAAUGGCAGUAUAAAAUAAGAAUACGUAAAAUUAUGGAUCUUAAACCUUUCAAAACUAAAUUUUCCAUCUUCAACAAACGUCGCAAAGAUAUGAGAAAUCGAAAAUUAAAACCCAUAAUUUCUGUGACUUCUUUACGUUCUGCUCAUGCAACUAGUUUACAAAAGAAAUCGCUCGGUUCUAAACACAUUUUAGAUCAACCUUCCAAAACUAUUAUGGCAGCAACUACUUUGCAUGACUCAAGUUCGGAAAUGGAUGAAACUAAAGAAAUGAAUGAUAUAAAAGAUAAAACAAAAGAUUUCGAAACAUAUACUUAUUCUCACUGGACCACCGAACACAUACUGAAAUCGGAAUAUAAUAGAGAGAAACGUACAGUUGUGAUACAAACUAAUAGAUUGGGUAACUUUGGUUUUGCAUUUAAACGUUAUGAACAUUUUCCCUUCAAAUUUUGGAAAUUAGAACCCAAUCCAAAUGACCCAGAAAAUGAAAUAAUCUUUACGUUAGACACACAAUAUGUUCGAUGUAUUUUGAAUAUAAGCGAUAAAGGAAUUAAGGGCCAUGUUACCGAACCCACUACAAAAUUUAUAAGAAAUCCUAAAAUGUAUUUAGUCAUUGAUGAACCCAUAGCGGAUUUCAAACAAUUCAAGAAAAUGUUUCAAGAAAAACAUCUUAAUAUAUUUGCCGAUAAAGAUGCCUGUUUUUAUAUAGAAAAUGGUUACUUUUCCGAAAAACAUUUAUCCACUGAAUUACACUGUUACAAUUGUAUGGUUGUUAAUAGUAGUCAAAUAAAAUUUUCUCAUUCCACUUGGAAUCGUUUGGCUCAAAGACGUGAUAUUACUUUAAAAUUUUUACAAUAUCAAGAUACUGAUGAAAAUAUCGUAGAAGUACGCAUUACCCCGGAAGAGGCAUAUUUUGUGCACAUUUCCGAAUUAUGUUCCGAUAAUGCAGAUCUUAUAGAAUUGAAUUAUAACUUGACAUGGCGAAAUAUUAAUGCUUAUAGUGAUUUACAUCAUUUGAUAAAUUCCAUGUAUCCAGCAGCCAAUGAACUGAGAUGUAAAAAUGCCAAAUUAAUAAAUUUUGUUAGAAAUUUACUUAACGAUAUAAGGCCUUUAAGUUUUUCCUAAAUAAUAAAAAUUUAACAUUG